ACUGUCUCCCUGGGUGGGCCUGAGGAAAAUCAAUGUGUCAUACUGGGGUUGGGAGGACAUGUCUCCCUUCACCAAUAGCAGCUUGCGCUGGCUGCCUGGAGAGCCCAGUGACUCUGGUUUUUGUGCCUACUUGGAGGAGCCUCAGGUCUCAGGACUUCGGGCCAAUCCUUGCACUGCAACUGCUCAUGGCCUCAUUUGUGAAAAAGCUACUGGGAACCCCAAUCAUAGCAGCCGUACGUCAUGCAAGAAGCCUUGCUCUCUGCACACAAACUGUGCCAACUGCACCAGCCAGGGCACGGAGUGCAUGUGGUGUGGCAGCACGCAGCGCUGUGUGGACUCAAAUGCAUAUGUCAUCUCAUUCCCCUAUGGCCAGUGUUUGGAGUGGCAGACUUCAGACUGUGUGGCUCAAAACUGUUCAGGACUGCGGACGUGCUCCCAGUGCUUGGAUCAGCCCGAGUGCGGCUGGUGUGGCGACCCCAGCAGCACAGGGAAGGGACUGUGCAUGGAAGGGUCUUACAGGGGGCCCAUGAAAAGAGCUGCAAAGCAGGGCCAGCAGGGCCAUUCCCAUGACAUGAGCCUUGAGCCUGGCAGUUGCCCCAAAGACAAAGGAUUUGAAUGGGCCUUCAUUAGCUGCCCUGCAUGCCAGUGUAACGGCCACAGCACGUGUGUGAACGGCAGUGUGUGCGAGCAGUGUCGCAACCUCACCACUGGUCCUAACUGUGAGACCUGCAUGCCGGGUUACCACGGAGACCCGACCAAUGGCGGCAAAUGUCAGGCUUGUAAGUGCAACGGUCAUGCAAAUGUAUGCCAGGUGUUGACGGGGAAAUGCUUUUGCACCACCAAGGGAAUCAAAGGAGACCAGUGCCAGCUAUGUGACUCAGAAAACCGUUACCUUGGUAAUCCACUCAGAGGAACCUGUUACUAUAACCUCCUGAUUGACUAUCAGUUCACAUUCAGUCUCAUCCAGGAAGAUGAUAAUCAUUACACCGCCAUUAACUUCAUGGCCUCGCCUGAACAGGCAAACAAGAACUUGGACCUGUCCAUCAACGCAUCAAACAACUUUAACCUCAACAUCACGUGGUCCGUGGGUUCAACAGCUGGGACCAUCUCUGGAGAGGAAGUGCCCAUUGUGUCCAAAACAAACAUCAAGGAUUACAGGGACAGUUUCUCCUGUGAGAAGUUCACCUUCAGAAGCAACCCGAACAUUACAUUCUACGUGUAUGUCAGUAACUUCUCAUGGCCCAUCAAAAUCCAGAUUGCCUUCUCCCAACACAACAGUAUUAUGGACCUCGUCCAAUUCUUUGUGACCUUUUUCAGUUGCUUUCUGUCGUUACUUCUGGUGGCGGCUGUUGUGUGGAAGAUCAAACAGACCUGCUGGGCAUCGCGGCGUAGAGAGCAGUUAAUGAGAGAGCGUCAGCAGAUGGCCAGUCGUCCGUUUGCAUCCGUGGCUGUUUCACUGGAUGCCAGAAGAGAGCUGACUGAAGUCCUGCAGCCUGUGCUUGAUGGGCCACCUAAACCAGUUGCAAUGGAGCCAUGUUUUGGAGGGAAAGCGGCUGUGUUGACGGUCCUCAUGCGUCUCCCGUCUGGACUUUCUGACUUGCCUCCACCUGGACAGUCAGGACUGAUUGUUGCCAGUGCAUUGGUCGACAUCUCACAGCAGAAACCAUCAGAUUUUAAGGACAAGUCCCAAACCUUAAAGAACAGAAAAGCCCUUCCACCAGCUCACCAAGGGACCUGCGUCUGACUCCACCCGAUGGUUACCUUUACGACCACAGGUCACAUCAUCUCAGCACGCCUCUGGUUUCGCAGCCGGAAUCCUUUCCACAGACUUGAAACGCUAAAGUGACUUACAGGAGUUUUCCUUUGGCUGCUAACGUUCACCACUACAGUUCACCAUGUUGCAGGAUCACAGCCCCCUGGUUUUUCUGCUUUUCUUCAAACAUGCUUCUGCAGCAACAGAUACCGGCUUGAUUUUCAGUUUCUUAACUUUCGCUCGGACGAUAGUGUCUACAUAUUUGUGUCAGAAUAUGACAAAUACAGACUUAUAAAGGCGUGACUGAUGCAGGUUUUCUGAUGCCAUCUAUUUGCAAAGAAUGAGGGAAAUAUGAACAUCCAUUUGGUAACGUCUCAAGCUGACAAAAUGUCCCCAUUUAAUCAAAAACGGUGAUGUCAGUACAUGUUCCCUGUGUAACUAACUUUCAUUUGCUCGCCUAAAAGUGGUACAUUUUGGUACCAAAGCAUUUAUAAUUGUCUAUUUUUUUUUUUCUUUAAAGAAUU